GUGGGAGUGAAUCCUCCUGGGAUAAAGACAAGCUUCAGUCUCCCAUUACAACGGGAUCACAGCACAGCAUUGGUCAUCCCGCACUGUCAGGGCAGUCAAGCCUUGGAAGUGCGCACCCACUCAGUCCUCUCCAGCAGAAUCACCUGCUCACCAACAGGAUAGACCUACCGUUUAUGAUGAUGCCCCACCCUCUGCUUCCCGUCAGCCUACCUCCUGCUUCGGUUGCAAUGGCAAUGAAUCAGAUGAACCACCUCAAUACAAUAGCUAACAUGGCUGCAGCAGCCCAAAUGCACAGUCCUCUUUCCAGGGCAGGGGCUUCUGUUAUAAAGGAAAGGAUUCAAGACAGCCCUUCUCCAGCUCCUUCUCUGGAAGACAGUCAGCGGCCUGGGAGCCACGCUUCCUCCCAUCAGAGCAGCAGCGUGUCCAGCUCGCCGUCCCAGUUGGACAACACACCAGACAGAAUUGCUUUGCUGACCAACAGCAGGGAAGGAGAACUCAUUGAUCAAGAAACUGGGACCAGCCUAAAAAAAAUACAAAAGGAGAGAUUUGAUCUUUUAAAAGAGCUCAGGAACCCUGGUUGCAGCAGCGAGAGCCAGGCUGGCAGGCGGCAGGGCUGUGCCGCAACCCCAUGCCGUGGGACCGAAGGCCGUGCUCUCUGCAGGGUGCGAGCUCUGAGCGAGGAGCUGGCGCAAGGUUCAGGUUUUCUGUGGGAGUCUACAACAGGGCUAUGUCAGGAGUCGUACUGUUGUGUUUGGCCAGGAGCUGGCUUGAAUGUGCUGCCUGAGGAGAUGGCAGAGCAGGCGCGAUUCUGCCUGCGAGUGGACCUCACCGUCUGCGUGGUGGGGACUGAUAUUCUCCAGCCAGCUCUGGCUGCCUGUGCUG